GGCCGUGUGCUGUUCAGUGCUUGGGAAGGAAGAGGAGGAAGAGGAAGAGGAAGAAGAGGAGGAAGAGGAAGAGGAAAAAGUGGAAAAAAAAAGAAGGAAGGAAAGGAAAGGAGGAAUAUUUAGGAGUGGAAGAUUGAGAUGAGGGUGGACUGACGCAUCACAGAGGACAGUAUUAUUAACCUAUUUAUCUUAACGUGAGGAAGAGGAGGACAAGAGAGGAAGAGAACCAGUUAUAAGAGGAGAACAAGAAAGAGGAGGACAAGAGAAGAAGAGAACAGUUAUAAGAGGAGACUAAGAAAGAGGAGGACAAGAGGACAAGAGAACAGUUAUAAGAGGAGACUAAGAAAGAGGAGGACAAGAGAACAGUUAUAAGAGGAGAACAAGAAAGAGGAGGACAAGAGGACAAGAGAACAGUUAUAAGAGGAGACUAAGAAAGAGGAGGACAAGAGGACAAGAGAACAGUUAUAAGAGGAGACUAAGAAAGAGGAGGACAAGAGAACAGUUAUAAGAGGAGACUAAGAAAGAGGAGGACAAGAGAACAGUUAUAAGAGGAGAACAAGAAAGAGGAGGACAAGAGGACAAGAGAACAGUUAUAAGAGGAGAACAAGAAAGAGGAGGACAAGAGGACAAGAGAACAAAGAAGAGGAGAACAAGAAAGAGGAGGACAAGAGGACAAGAGAACAGUUAUAAGAGGAGAACAAGAAAGAGGAGGACAAGAGGACAAGAGAACAGUUAUAAGAGGAGAACAAGAAAGAGGAGGACAAGAGGACAAGAGAACAGUUAUAAGAGGAGAAUAAGAAAGAGGAGGACAAGAGGACAAGAGAACAGUUAUAAGAGGAGAACAAGAAAGAGGAGGACAAGAGGACAAGAGAACAGUUAUAAGAGGAGAAAAAGAAAGAGGAGGACAAGAGGACAAGAGAACAGGUAUAAGAGGAGAACAAGAAAGAGGAGGACAAGAGGACAAGAGAACAGGUAUAAGAGGAGAACAAGAAAGAGGAGGACAAGAGGACAAGAGAACAGUUAUAAGAGGAGAAUAAGAGAGUAAAAGGAGAGUUGAAAGAGGAAAACAAGAGGACAAAAUAACAAUAAGAAGAGAGAGAGAAAAGAGAGAAAGAAAAGAGAAGUUACAUACAUAUUUGAAGAGGCGCAGAGGAGGAAAAGAGAGAAAUAAAGCAGAAAAACAAAAGAAGAAAGCAAGAGUACAGUUCUAAGAGGAGGGCGAGGGAGCAAGAGGAGAAUUACAAGAGAAGAGGAGAAGAAGAGAACAUUUGAAAUUUACUGAAAGACCGAGAACCGGAAAGAACACGAGAGAAAAGAAAAAAUCUGACGGUGUUGCAAGAGAACACAAGUAUUUGAGGGAACGUUGAGGAGGAAAAGAGAACAGUCUACGCCCCUUCAUCUCCCUCCCUCCCUCCACGCUGACACUCGGAAAUCUCACCAGCAUGGAUUUCCACGCCCUGAGCUCCAAGAUGCUUCACCAGUGGCGGCGGGAGGUCAGGACACGCAGCAAGUUCGAUCCGUUCCAGGUUUUCGAAGUGGAGCAUGAGGCGUGUCUGGACCUGGAGAUCACCAUCAGGAGGGGGGAGGCCAUCACCAAAGGCAGCACGCUUCAGGACCUCAUGGACACGCCGGACCCGUACGUGGUGCUGUGGAUCCCCGGCUCCUCCAACGCCUCCAAGCGCACCAGCCACGUAGACAAUUGUACCAACCCCAUCUGGGACGAGACCUUCCACUUCUACCUCGACCCGUCCAAGCAGCACACUCUAUGUGUGGCCUUGAUGGACGCCAACUACACGGUGGACGAGAGACUUGGCGAGCAGCAGAUCGAGGUGGAGGACCUGACCCUCGACGUGCCCAGGGAGGAGAUCUUCACCUUCCCCAACGGGUCCAAAGUUCACACCACGCUCACCCUCACCAAGAACAAGACCCCGGACCUUCGCUUCUCCCUGGCGCUGUGUCAGGAGGAGAAGAACUUCCUGCAGAUCCGCCGCCGCAUGGUGCUCCAGGCCAUGAAGAAACUCCUGGGGUCCAAGGCGCCGGAGAACGAGAAACAGGUCCCCAUCAUCGGCGUGCUUGGCUCCGGCGGCGGCUUCCGGGCCAUGACGUGCCUGAGCGGUGCGGUCAAGGCGCUGCAGGAGACGGGCAUCCUCGACUGCGCCACAUACAUCGCCGGGCUCUCGGGCUCUUCGUGGUACAUCUCCACCCUGUACGCGCACAGCAACUUCCCCGGCGUCACCCACUCCCAGGUGCAGAAGGAGCUGAGGGAGUCGGUCACCACGGACUGGAAGUGGAAGCUGCUCAACUCCCCGACCUACGUGGCCAAGAUGGUGGCCAAGUACAAGCAGGGCCAGCCAGUCUCCUUCACGGACUUCUUCGGCCACCUGCUGGGCGACGUACUGCUCAAGGCCAACAAGCACAAGAAGCUGACCGACACCCAGCCCAUCCUGCAGCAGGGAAUCACGCCCCUGCCUCUCUACACCUGUCUGCACGCCAAGAAGAAGGUGUCCUGCCGAUCAUUCUCAGAGUGGGUGGAGUUCUCGCCCUUUGAGAUCGGCAUCGCAAAGUACGGCACCUUCAUGAAGACGCCGGACUUUGGAAACAAGUUUAUCGUGGGCAAGAAAAUCAAGCAUUUCGAUGAAUUCCCGCUUCACUUCUUGCAAGGUGUGUGGGGCAGCGCCUUCACCAUCCUGAUCAAGAGGCUGGUGAUGGAGGGCGGGAAAAAGGACAUCGUGCAGAUCAUGAGGGACGCACAGAAGGAGGAGAACAUGGAAGGCAACAGCAAUGUGAAGGACACCCACAGCUCGGCCGAAAGCUCCGACUCCGAGGACGAGGACUACAUUGAGGGCCGCGACGACAAGGAGUCCGAGGAGGAGGAGCUGGAGGAGAUGAGGAGCACCGAUACCAACACCGACACCAACACCAACACCAACACCAACACCGACCAACUGGAGAACGGCACCACUCACAGCACCAUACCAGAAGAACCCGAGAGGGUCACCGUACCCUUGAAGAAGCACUCAGCGCCCCCCAAAAGCUGCUCCUUUGACCACGUCGUGGAGGACAAGAAAAUCAUGACCACAAACUCCUUCGACUCGCUCUCGGAAAAAGACAGCGGGGAUACAGCAGGGAAGGAAGGAAGGCCGAAGAUAAAGAAACAGUCAGCGUUUAACUUCGACAUCAGCUUCAAGAAGGCGCCGAAAGAGACGAGCGAGAGCCGGAAAAUCAGCGACCCGGGACCAUCCACGGAGUUACAGCAGUCCCGUCUACAGCGCCGCGGGGCAUUCAAGGGCUCGCGGAACAACCGGAGUAAUACCAGCUCGUCCAGCGCCCCGCCUGACCUCGCGCCCCAGCCCCAGUCCCCCGGCCAGGACAGAUGGGCUAACAGAAGGAAAACGCUGCGUCGCUCGAGGGUGGAAAAGAAGGCUGGUCUCUGGGACGGCCUUAAGCAGAGCAUCAUGACAGGGACCAAUAUACUGAACUCCAGGGCGGGGCGAGCGGGCGAGAUCCUCAACCCCUUCCGAGGCCUGUCCCUGCGUCAGUCCUUCCCCAUAAGCCCCUUCGCUACAGACGUCAUGGGAGAGGAUGAGGACCAGGAAGAUCGCGUCGACUCGGACAUGGACUUCGGUGCCAGUUGCCGCUACAAGCCACUGGACAACAAGGCCAAGAAGCUCUUCAUCGUUGACUCCGGCCUGGCCUUCAACUCGCCCUACCCGCUCCUCCUGCGACCCCAGCGAGCAGUGGACAUAUACCUCUCCUUUGACUUCUCGCAGCGGCCGACCGACGCCUCGCAGCCCUUCAAGGAGCUCCUCUUGGCCGAGAAGUGGGCCACGCAGAAUAAAGUGCCGUUCCCCCCCAUUCAGAAACAGGUGGAGCAGUAUGAGGGUCAGGAGGUGAGGGAGUGUUACGUCUUCAAGCACCCCACCGACCAGUUCUGCCCCGUCAUCCUCCACUUCUGCCUCGUCAACAACAAGUUCAAGGAGUUCAAAGCCCCGGGCGUCCCCAGAGAAACCGAGGAGGAGAAAGAAUUCGCUGACUUCCCCAUCUUCGACGACCCCCUCAAUCCAUUCUCGUCCAUGAACUUUGUGUACGAGCCCAUCCAGUUUGACCGCCUGACCAAACUGGUGGAGUUCAACACUCUUCUCUGCAUGGACAUCAUCAAAGAGGAGCUGGAGGAGGUCGUGGCCAGGAAGAAGCAGUUCAUCCCUCGCCUGACUCUGCUGGACGUCGUCAACACCAUGCGCCGCGUCAACAGCAUGCGCACCUCCGUCAAGGACAACAGCGACCUCAAACUGAAGGUGUCGGCCAGGAAUGAGCUGGAGCUGAAGAGGAUGUCCAGCUUGCCCGACUCCGAAGCCAGCGAGGACAGCGAUGGGGACUACGCCGAUGCCCUGGAGAGUAUUCCCGACGAGACCACGACCCUAUGAGGGCAGGCAACGGGAGGGCGGGAGAAAUGAACUUGGGUGAGGCGAGGUCAGGUCAGGUCGAGCUCAGUUUCCACUACUGCAUUCAUUGGUAUGGUUAGGUUUGGUGGGGGUCAGUAAGAGGGGGAAGGAGCUUGCGUGAGGUCAUGUCAGGUGAAGCUCAAAUUCCACUACUGCACUCGCUGAUGAAUUUACGUUAGGUGGGGGUCAAAGUGAGAGGAGGAAGGAGCUUGGGUAAGGUCAGGUCAAGCUCAAAUUCCACUUCUACACUCACUGAUGACAGGUUUAGUGAGGGUCAGUGAGGGGAGGAAGGAGUUUGGGUGAGGUCAGGUCAGGUUAAGCGCUAUUUCCACUACUGCACUUGCCAAUGAGGUCAAGUUUAGUGGGGGUCAGUUGUGGAAGUGAGGUGGGGAGGUCAUACAUACCCUAUCCCCCUCAGCCUUCCCUUACCCCUCCUGGCAUGACCUAACUCCUCCCCAUGGAUCAGUGAGGCCAAAAAGGUCACCAGAAAGGUCAUGGUGCCGGCCUCGAGGGAAGGUCACAUCAAGGUCAUUAUCCAUUAUUCCACCACUCUUCACUGUAAGUAAUCCAUAUCAUCAUCAUCACCAUCAUCACCAUCAUCACCAUCAUCGCAUUUCAAAGUUGGUUUAGCGUUUACAUCUUGGGCGUCACCAGCGGUCAGGCAAGAUUAAGUUUCCCUUGUAAAGUAUAUUUCCCACAUGAAGUUUUGAGGGAGAGAAAAUGGGUUGUAAUCUGUCUUCGUGGCUCAUUCUGUCAAGGUUUUGGUUGUCAUGGGUCGUGCACCAGUGGGCAGACAAAAAAAAAAGUUCAGUAAAUCUUGUAAAGUGUAUCUCAUAAACUGUAUCUCGUAAAGUAAAUCUCAUAAAGUAAAUCUUGUAAGGUAAAUCUUGUAAAGUGUAUCUCAUAAAGUAAAUCUCGUAAAGUAAAUCUUGUAAGGUAGAUCUCGUAAAGUAAAUCUCGUAAAGUAAGUCUCCCUAAUGAUCGCAUCCCAGGUUUUGAGAGAGAGAAAAUGCAUUGUAAUCUGUCCCAUUGGCUUAUUCAGUGAAGGCCUCGGUUGUCUUGGGUCCUGCCGCAGGUGACUUGUUUCCCAUGAUGCCCAGAGCCACGCCCGGCCGCUGGGACCCCUCCACCGCAUCGCUUGUCAUACUAAUAACCAUAAUCACUACAGGGUUACCAAAGGGCCAAGUUAUGUAGCGCUGUGUUGCACUGUAGCGUAGUCAAGGGCAGCACACACACACACACUGGUGGACUGUACGUAUUCAGUAUUUCCGUAGUCCUAAAGCAAGGUUACCAAUAGCAUGUUACUGGAGGAGGGAAUGAAUGACGUGUACCAUGGUUGUAAUGUGCAUGGUGUAGAAGGGGUGACCUGCCAUUAUUGUGUUUUUUUAGUAGGUUUGUGAGACUGCCAGAUGGACAUAAGAAGUAGUAGGAGUUGUGGAGAGGAAGCAAUGGGGAUGGAAGGAAGGAGGAGAGGAGAAGACAGCUGAAAAGAAAGGGAAGAGAAUGAAAGGAAGGAGAAAACAGUUGGAAGGAAAGGAAGGAAGGAAGGAAGAGAGAGAGAAAGGAAGGAGAGGAGAGAGGAGACAGUGGGGAAGGAAGGAAAGGAGAGAGAAAAAUAAAGAAAGGAAGAGAAGACAGCUGUAAAGAAAGGGAAGAAAAUGAAAGGAGAAAAACAGCUGAAAAGGAAAGGAAAGGAAGGGAGAAAUAAAUGAUGGAGAGAAAUAGUUAAAAGGAAAGGAAGGAAAGAAGGAAGAGAGAAAUAAAGAAAGGAGGUAAGAGGAAAUUGAGGAAGAAAGUCUGAAAGAAGGAAGAGGAAGAAGGAGGGAAAAAGAAGAGGAAUAGAAAUUGAGGGAAGCAAGAAAAAAAAAAAGAAAGGAAAGGAGAGGAAAAAGAAGAAAAAGGAGAUGAAAAGAAAGGAAAGAAAGUAGAAAGGAAACCCCGAUAGUAUUUCCUUCUCAUUCUCAAGUAACAUAUAUAUAAAACUUCCUGCUCAUGAAUUGUGAUAAAAAAAUAAGUGAAUCGGAAGCUUUCUGUAUAAAUGUCGACUGCUUCUUGUUCUUAUUAUUAGUUCUCCGUACUCUAUUUAAUUUAUAUGUAUGUUGAGGGUGAUAUUGUAUUAGGUUGUUGUUGUUGUGGGUGGAGGAGAGAAUUUAAAUACAGUUUUGUUGAAAUGUAUUUGAGGGAA